CUUUUGUUUUGUUUUGUAGUCACUGUUUCGUUAUCCUCAACUUCCUUCUUAUUCAUCGUCUCUAUCACUCCUCAAUCACCCCUCAAUCACCAUACAAGCUUUCCCUUUUCUCCUUUCAUCGGGGUGCUUAUUUUACUCAAACUCUUGGCAGCAAUUAGCAGCAGCAACACUGCCAAGUCCAGUUCCCUUCUGGUGUUCCUUUCUUCUCUUUGAAGUCCUGCUGAAAAGAAGUUCCAUCCGUCACUUUCUAGAUUUUCUGUCAAGUAUUGUUGCUUCUUCAAUCUCCCAAACUCAACCACAUAUUGCUGUAUCAACAAGCCCUCCAUGAACUUGUUGAACAGACUUGGGUUUGGUAGCCCAAGGACAGCAGAGAAUAUGGAUUCAUCAAUUGCUCAGGGACCAGAUGAUGACAUGCCUGCAACAGGUCAACAGUUUGCUCAGUUUGGUGCUGGUUGCUUUUGGAGUGUUGAGCUAGCCUUUCAGAGGGUUUCUGGGGUGACCAAGACUGAGGUUGGUUAUAGCCAGGGUUUUAUGCAUAAUCCAAGCUAUGAGGAUGUGUGUUCAGGGGCCACAAACCACUCAGAGGUUGUCAGGGUCCAAUAUGAUCCCAAAGAAUGUAGCUAUGAGUCUCUGCUUGAUGCGUUUUGGGCUAGACAUGAUCCAACUACACUGAAUCGGCAGGGGAAUGAUGUGGGAACACAAUACAGGUCUGGAAUAUACUAUUACACACCUGAACAAAAGAAGGCAGCUCAAGAGUCUUUGGAACUACAACAGGAGAAGUUGAACAGGAAGGUUGUUACUGAGAUUCUUCCUGCUAAGAAGUUUUAUAGGGCAGAAGAAUACCAUCAACAGUACCUUGAGAAAGGGGGUCGAUUUGGUUACAAGCAAUCUGCUUCUAAGGGAUGCAAUGAUCCAAUUCGAUGCUAUGGUUAGAUUAUUUGUUAAAUGGGAAUUACCACCAUGGACCUAAAUGACCAGUUUAGAUGUUGAAAGCGGAUAGUUUUGUUGGCAAGUAUUUGUUAAUAUAUCAAUAAUGUCACUCUCUACCCACACUCUCUAUUGUAUUUGUAUGUUGAAGAUUACCAUAAAAUCAGUUCGAGUUAUAU